CGUGAUUGACGGUUGAUAUUAAUCUGUUUUCACAUUUAUUUUACUUUCAUUGUUAACAUGAACUUACAUUUUUCAAUAAUCCAUUGCUAUAUUCAUACAUUGUUAAGAGUAACAUACAAAUGCAGGUUAUAUCUAUAAAUAACACUUAACGGUGAAAGAUAUAAAAAUUAUGAAUUUAAUUUUAUCCGCAUAAGUAACAUCAACCAAUCAUAGAGGUUUAUAUUAGACGUUAAAGCGAGUAAAAAGAAAAGCAUAAUUGGCGUCAGUAUAAUUGUCGAAUUGGUAUUACCUUAAUGUCAAAUUUCAAUAUUUAUCGCAACUUCAUAGGUUGAUUUGAUUUCCUUAUCUCGUAUUGAUAGUUAGUCAUUUCCUGUAAAACAUUGAAGAAUGUUGGAAUGUAAGUGAUUCUUUGAGUCAACGAAAGUCGAUGGUAGUGUGUCGUUAAAAUUAUAAAAAUAUUUUUUAUUCAUACCGGUACAUAAAUUAGUUUUUUUUUUUAUUAUUCAUUUACAUUUAUUUGUUGUUGUGGGCAAUGAAUCGAGAAAUCUUUCCUUUUAACGAUAUAUCACAAUAAUAUUUGGCUACACAAAGAAAGAAAUAAUGUUGAACAGUGUAACAAAACAUAUUUUACACUGUUGUCUACUACUUGUUGUUAUAAUCAUAUUUGAAUUGAUUACCGGAGGACUUAGUUGGAAUAAUAAUAAAAAGGAAACAUUUGAUCCAUGGAUUGAAUAUGGAUUUCUUGGCGCACUUAUAUUAUAUAUCCUGCGAACACUUACAUUUCUUUCCUUUCCGCAAGUUUUAUUUAACUUUGUAGGACUAAUGAUAUACAAUGCAUUCCCAGAUAAAGUUGUUUUAAAAGGUUCACCAUUACUUGCACCAUUUAUUUGUAUUAGAAUAGUAACACGUGGAGAUUAUCCACAAUUAGUGAGAGCAAAUGUAAUAAGGAAUUUAAACAAAUGUCUAGAAACUGGUUUAGAAAACUUUCAAAUUGAAGUAGUUAGUGAUAAGCCAAUUGGAUUAAGCCCUCAUAGAAGAAUCAGAGAGGUUGUUGUGCCACCAAACUAUCGUACAAGUAGUGGUGCUUUGUUCAAAGCCCGUGCUUUACAAUAUUGCUUAGAAAAUUCAGUCAAUGAGUUAGCAGAUAACGAUUGGAUUGUACAUCUUGAUGAAGAAACUUUACUGACUGAAAAUUCUGUUCGUGGGAUAUUGAAUUUUGUACUGGAUGGAAAACAUCAAUUUGGUCAAGGGUUAAUAACAUAUGCAAAUGAAGAUGUUGUUAAUUGGAUUACUACCUUAGCAGACAGUUUUAGAGUAGCAGAUGACAUGGGAAAGUUACGAUUACAAUUCACAAUGUUUCAUAAACCUUUCUUUAGUAUGAAAGGUUCUUAUGUUGUUACUCAAAUGGGUGCAGAAAGACAAGUUUCCUUCAACAAUGGACUAGAUGGAUCCGUUGCAGAAGAUUGUUUUUUUGCAAUGAAAGCGUUUACCCAAGGGUAUACAUUUAAUUUUGUGGAUGGUGAAAUGUGGGAAAAGUCACCAUUUACAUUAUGGGACUUUGUACAACAAAGAAAAAGAUGGUUACAAGGUAUAUUACUUGUUGUACAUUCCAAAGCUAUUCCAUUAAAUAAAAAGCUGCUUCUAGGCAUAUCUUGUUACUCGUGGGUAACACUGCCGCUUUCUACUUCGAAUAUUGUAUUAGCUGGAAUUUAUCCCAUUACUUGCCCACCAUUUAUAGAUUUUCUAUGUGCUUUUAUUGGUGCGGUAAAUAUUUAUAUGUAUGUUUUUGGUGUAGUUAAAUCAUUUUCUUUAUACCGAUUUGGUAUUGCUCGAUUUAUACUAUGUAUAUGUGGGGCAUUAUCAACAAUUCCUUUUAAUUUGAUCAUUGAAAAUGUUGCCGUUAUAUGGGGUUUGUUCGGAACAAAACAUAAAUUUUAUGUAGUUAAUAAAGAGUACAAACCACCAGUGACAAUAUAAGAAAGUAUUAAAAGAUUCCUUUCAGAUAGUAUCAUAUACUUACAGAAAUGUUUAUGUACACUUUCAGAAAUUCUUGUGUAUUUUAGAAAAAUAAUAUGAUUUUAUAUUUUAGAAUUUGAAAUAUUAAUAAUCUUUUAUGUGCUAUAUAUAUAUAUAGUGUGGUUGAUAGGCGUGUUUGAAACAAACGUACUUUAUCUGUCUUAUCUAAUACUAUACAAUAAAUAGCCAAAGUAAUAAUUUAAAUAUCUUAGUUAAUUAAUGUCUUAUAUAACAUGCAAAAUAGUAAUAAAUAUAAUAUUAUGUUUGUAGAGUGUAGUUUAGGAAAAUUUUAAUUUAAACAUUCAAUUCAGUACUCAGAAGAGUUACAAUCAGUUACAAUAUCUCUCAGAUAAGUAAUUAUGGUACAUAGUUUAUACAUUAUCAUUUGUUCGAAAUAAAAUACACUUCCUUAUCAGAUUUUAUGUAAUGAAGAAAAUAAUCCUAGAAAAAUAAUCUAUAUUGCGUAAUAAAUCAUCUAUCAGUAAUAAUUUUAAUAUUUAUAUUUUCAAUUAGAUUUUCAUAAAAUUCUUAUCAAUGAAUUGCUAAAUUCCCUUAAUCAAAAUACAAUUUUAUUCAUAUUAUAUGUAAUUACGUCUUUUUUUAUCAACACUAAUAAUAAAAUAAAGUUUGAGAUAAAGAUAAAAAUCUUGAUAAAGCAAUCCAAUAAUAAUAGCUCCAUAAAAUUCUGAUUAUAAGUAUAAAAAUUCAAAAUUUGUUGAAAAAUGAUUAAUCAAAUAAUUGAAAUUAUCUCUUUCAUUGAUUACUAAGUAAUACAUGAAACUUAAUGUAUCACUUAUUAGAUAUCAUUUAUUAUUUAUGUUAAAUUUAUGUUAAAAAAAAAACAAAGAUAAUAGGAUUUUUUAAACUUGCAAAAACAUCCGAUCGCUUAUUCAAAAAUUGUUGUACAUGCAAUGGAAUAAUCCUUCUUCAUCUUUAAACUUACAGGACAGUACAGCAUAAUAUAAAAAGUCAACUUAUACAAUCAACUAUCUUACUUUUAUGCUUUUAUUCUAAUUAUCACCAUUGAUAACAAUUAGGAAAAUUGAAUUUUGUAUACCUAAUAUGAUAUGUUUAUUAUCUAUUAUUAUCACCUAUCUAAUGAUGAUAUUUUUAAUUAAACAAAAUAUAUCUUUUUUUGGUAUAUCAAUAAUAGAUUAUUUUCAAAUUUAUGUAUAUAAAUCUAAUUUUAAUUGAUAAAAAUUUAACAGAAUAUAGAUUCGUAUCUCCAAAAUUAUAAGAAAUGUAGGGUAUCAUUACAUUUAUACACUAGAAUGAAAUUUUCAUAUUUUUUUAUAUGAUAUCUGUCUUAUAUAAUAACUUCUGAUAUAAAACCCAUAUUAAUAAAAAUUAACCAAUUAUGAGUUACUCAAAAUAGUAAUAUUUAUAAAUUAUAUCCAGUCAAAGUACGUGAAAGUUUGAAUGUAAAUACACAAUUUAUUCCUCCUUUUGAUGUGCAAAAUUUGAUGACUCAUUUUCAUUUCUAUUAAUCUACAUAAAAUUUUUUCAAAAUGUUUUCAAAUAUUGCAUAAAAUAUUAGGAAGCAAAACUAUAAG